AUGAGCGCUCUCCCACAAUACCAAGUGCUCAUCACAUCUAGCGAUGCUGAAAAAGAAGCCGCCUCCAAGCGCCGCAUCCUCUACCUGCGACCCUUCCUGCUCUUCUGGCUCACAUCCCUCGCGGUCGAAAUAUUUUUACUCGCCGUGGCCGUGCUCUUCAUAUCUGGCACGCGCGAGCUCAUCCACAAGAUGAUUUGGACACUGGUGUUGUGCCCGCUCGGCAUGGGCGGCGCUUUGGGCGGCAUCACCAAUGUCUUCCUUGUCGACGUCUACUACGGCAAAAAGGCCGUCUGGUUCACCACACUCCUCACUUUCUUGGUGCUGGGGUCCUGCAAUUAUCUGUGCUUUAGCUUGGAUCACUACUUUGGGUACUUUGGAGCCGAGGCGCAUCCCAUGUGGUUCCAUUGGCGAUACCCGGCCCUGUUGAUGAUGGGUUACAACUGUGGUAAUCUGCUGUUUACAGAUGAGGGCCAAAAGAAGCUUGCGUCUUGGGGGCUUUGA